UUAUUCUCCUCCCUAAAGCAGUUUGUGGAAGAAGACGUCUCAGGAUGUUUGAUAGAGGGAAACUGCUCCUCGCUGCCAUCAUCUACAUGGUCCACAGCCAAGUGGCCGGGGUUGGUGUGAAACCUCUGAGCAUGACCCUGAAUGUUGUGGAUGAUCUGUAUGGUGCAUGCCAUGAAGAAGCCAUGAAGAAGUUCAUCCCUGACCUGUUGGAACAAGAACUCAACUCGUCUAAGGGCUUCCAGAAAGUGUGGCGCUCGAACUCCCAGUGUCCUCUGAUCCCUGGAGGAACCAAAGACCACACCACUGCACUUUCAGUCCUCCACUUCGGAGACCCAGAGUUUCUCAAGGAGCUAAACCAGGCAGUGGAGACGAUGGGAGCAAACCUUUCCACCUACAAAGACAACUUCCAUUUCAAGUCCCUUCACUUCCUGCUUACAGAUUCCAUGAGGCUGCUGAACCCGAAUAAAACCUGCAGAACCGUCUUCGCUUUCCUGGAGGAAGAAGAAGACAAGCCUUUGGUGGGCACCAGAGUGAGGUUUUCAGGUUUCACUGUGGUCCACUCGGACUUUGACAGCCUUGGAGAUGUGGAUGGAGAAACCAUUUUACGUAUAAAAUCUUGUUUCUACGUCAAUCUGGACGACCACAUCUGUGAGAAAAACAUCUUGAAAACCCUCAUAUCUCCAGCUGAAGUCUUCACGGUGGAGGACUCACACAAACUUAAUCAAGGCGAGUACACUGAGGUGAUUUUAACCCACCAGGGCCUGAACAGCACCCACGACUGCUACAUGUUCCCAAGGUCUGCAGCGGUCAGCUCCACCCGAUCAGUGGCUCCUCUGCUUGUGGCCUCGCUUCUUUGUGGCUGGAGCAUUUGA